GGAAUGAUUCCCUUGAGAGCAAUCUGAUCUUUACUCCCUUCAACUGCCUGUUUUGUACCAGGCAAACUGCCCAGGGGUCUCUUUCAAGCACGUCGAGUCCAAAAGGAAGAGGCUCUUGUUUGGGCCCUCCAAAUGCCAACUUGUACUCGAAUCUAACGGACACUGGCAGCCGUGGAAAGGGACGCGUACAGUGGUUCGACCAGAUGAUGCUUCAAUUUCAGACUGCUGGAUUUGGACAGAUCCCCCUAAUUUUUCUCCGCCGGAGCGGGGUUGGCUAUCAUCGCAGACGCCUCUCAUGGAUUUUGCUAGCUACUGUCACCGUGGCUCUGGGCGCAUAGUCAUAGUUUCAUUGUUAUGCUGAUCUCCGACCAAGUCGCAUGAUUCCGGUUGGUGGCCGCGAUGUGGAUAGUUUUGGCAGUUGCAAUGGAUGAUACGUGUCCGCAGGGAAACAUUUCUGGCUCUGUGGAAGUGUGUGUCCCAGCCUGCUGCCAGCUGCCUCAAGAUGUCGUUAAAGCUGCAAAAGCGGCUUGCCGCGUCCAUCCUUGGAUGCGGCAAGAAGCGUGUGUGGCUGGACCCAAAUGAGACGAAUGAGCUGUCCAUGGCAAACUCGCGCUUCAACAUCAGGAAGAUGAUCAAGGAUGGCCUGAUCAUUCGCAAGGCAGUGACCAUGCACUCGCGGUCUCGCGUGCGCAAGAACUUGGAAGCCAAGCGCAAGGGCCGCCACAUGGGCACGGGCAAGCGCAAGGGUACCCGUGAGGCUCGUAUGCCAACGAAGGUGUUGUGGAUGAGGCGUCAGCGCGUUCUGCGCCGACUUCUCCGCAAGUACAGGCAGCAGAAGAAGAUCGACAAGCGCAUCUACCACUACUUCUACCGGCAUGCCAAGGGUAACUGCUACAAGAACAAGCGCGUGCUGAUGGAGGCCAUCCACGCCAAGAAGACUGAGAAGAUGAAGGAGAAGGCUCUGAUUGAGCAGUCGGAGGCCCGCAAGGAGAAGGCCCGCAUCGCGAAGGAGAAGAAGCUGCAGAAGAAGGCGGAGUCUGCCCGCACGGAAGAGGAUGGCGGAUGGCAGCAGCAGAAGAAGCGUUAGGCCGCUCGGCGGGCUUUUUUGCCCAGCCAUUUUGAACGUUUGUGUCAAACAUGCCUCGAGGGGGCUGUUAGGAAGGCUUUUAGGAAGGCUGCUUGCAUUAUGUAUCACGCAACAAGUUAUUUCAAUGCAUUUGACGUGGCCAAGGCUUUCAUACAGAUUGCAGCACAAGCCCGGCAACUGGUGGCAGCAGAGCGCAGACGGAAA